AUGGAAGCCUUACUGUCAGCUGUGAAAGAAGUCAAACGGGCCGACAUCCUCGAGCAUAUCGAGGUCAAUGUUUUCAGUGUUAUCUCUCUCUACCAAGCCACUCGUCCUCUGCUUGAAAAACGCCAGCCUCCUGUUCCUAGUGCGGGCUAUGGUGCCUCUAAAUCCCUUCUCCCCUGGUACAGUAUUCGGAUUGAUUCUGAGGAAGUGUGGCUAGAUGCCUUUGUGUUAAACCCCGGUUGGGUUCAGACUGAUAUGGGAAACUCGGGUGCGAAAUUCUACGGUUUUGAAUGGGCCCCGGACACUAUUGAGAAGUCUACGGCGGCAUGGUUGAUGUGA